CUUGGUUGUCUGUAUCUCAUAACGGAGUCAUCUUCAGUAUCUAGGAACUAUAAUGUCUUUGUUUAUUCGAUUUGAGUUAUACAGUUCUGGAUCGCGGAUCAUUUGUAUACAGAGACGAUAGCUACUUAUAAUGUGAUAAUAACGAUACAUGGCCUAGCUAUGAUCUUUAUGUUCUUAAUGCCUGCUUUGUACGGAGGAUAUGGUAACUUCUUUGUACCAAUAUAUAUUGGUGGUUCGGAAGUCGUUUUCCCAAGAACUAACGCGAUCUCCUAUUUUCUAAGUACCAUUAGUGAACUCUUUUGGUCUGAUCCUAAGUACGCAGUGAGCUAA